AUGCAUGGGGAAUCACUUACCAACACUAGCACAACGUUAAUCAAUCUAGAUGAUGAUAAUAGGGAGAACAAUGAUUCAAAUAUUGAUGACGAUAAUGACCAUUUUAAUGACCCCAAUGACAACUUAAAUGAAAUGUUUCAUGAUUUAGAGACUAAUAUUGGUGCGGAUGAUCAAGAAAAAUUACAACUCUUUGAAGAAGAAGGAAAACCGUUGUAUCCCGGUUGUGAAAAAUUUUCGAAACUUAAUGCUGUGUUGAAGUUGUUUCAAUUAAAGUCAAAAAACGGAUGGAGUGAUAAAAGUUUCACAAAUUUAUUAGUGCUUUUGCACUACAUGCUUCCGGAAGGUAAUGAGUUACCGCUUUCGACAUACCGAGCAAAAAAGUUGAUGUGUCCUAUGGGAUUAGAAAUUGAAAGAAUACAUGCAUGUCCAAAUGAUUGUAUGUUGUAUAGAAAUGAGUUCGAGAAUGAACAUAAAUGUUUUAGAUGUAAUGCAUCGAGGUAUAAGCGUAAAAAAGAAACCGAUGAAGUUGAUGAUGAUGUGACAAAAAAUGGGCCACCGGCUAAAAUGUUGUGGUAUUUUCCCAUCAUACCGAGAUUGAAACGUCUGUUUUCAAACGAAAAAGAGGCAAAACUAUUACGUUGGCAUUCAGAUGAGCGUGUAAAUGAUGGAAAAUUAAGACACGUGGCAGAUUCACCUCAGUGGAGAAACAUUGAUAACAUGUAUCCAGAAUUUGGAGAAGAGAAUAGAAACAUACGGUUUGGAUUUAGUUCAGACGGAAUCAAUCCUUUCGGCAACAUGAGUAGUCUCCGUAGUACGUGGCCGGUUCUUUUAUGUAUCUACAAUCUUCCACCGUGGUUAGCCAUGAAACGAAAAUACAUUAUGAUGUCUUUGUUGAUUCAGGGUCCGAAACAACCUGGUAAUGAUAUUGAUGUUUAUUUGUCUCCUUUAAUUGAAGACUUAAAAACUCUAUGGAGUUCAGGUGUAGAUAUGUAUGAUGCUUACAAGAAAGAACAAUUUAAAUUGAGGGCCAUGAUUUUUUGCACCAUAAGUGAUUUUCCUGCGUACGGUAACUUGUCAGGGUACAAGACGAAAGGUAAGAAAGCAUGUCCUGUUUGUGAAGAUGAGACAAGUUCAGUAUAUUUAAAAAAUUGCAAAAAAACUGUAUACAUGGGACAUCGAAGAUUCCUUCCAGAUGGUCACAUUUAUCGAGAGAAAAAGGAAGAGUUUGAUGGUAGUACCGAGCUCCGAAAGAUAAGGAAACGAUUUGAUGCAUUUUCAAGAGUUAAAAAUUUAAAAACUGUGUUGGGAAAAAAAACUGUGUCGGGAAAAAAAUUGUGUUGGGAAAAAGAACUCGCGUUGAGAAAGGUGUUAUUUGGAAAAACAAGUCAAUCAUUUGGGAAUUACCUUACUGGAAACAUUUAG